AUGCCAGCCACGACAGCGGAAACGCUGAGCAUCGUCAACCGCACGGUUUCCGUGGCGCCUCUCGUCCUCCUCUCUGCAGCAGAUCACUACGGCCGUUCGGCGAAAGGGACGCGGAAACGAGUCGUCGGUGUACUCCUAGGACAGAACGAUGGAAAAAGCGUGCGGGUAUCCAACAGCUUCGCGGGUAUGGGAAGGAUGCUGGAUACAAGAGGCCGGACAUAUAGCUGAUCAGAUGCAAACAGUGCCCUUCGAGGAAGACGACAAGGACCCGUCAGUAUGGUUUCUGGAUCACAACUACGUCGAAGCGAUGAACGACAUGUUCAAGAAGGUCAACGCGCGGGAGAAGCUAAUAGGCUGGUACCACUCGGGACCUAAGCUGCGAGCAAGCGAUCUCGAGAUCAAUGAGCUAUUCAAGAGAUACACGCCGAAUCCACUCCUCGUCAUCAUCGAUGUGCAGCCGAAGGAGGUUGGCGUGCCAACAGACGCAUACUUCGCCGUGGAGGAGAUCAAAGAUGUGGGUUGUUGAUUUCCAUGAAGCUGAGGGAAGUGGCUGACAUAUCGCAGGAUGGAACAACCACGUCGAAGACUUUCGUACACACACCUAGUACCAUCGAAGCGGAAGAGGCCGAGGAAAUCGGUGUUGAGCACCUGCUACGAGACAUCCGCGAUGUUGCAGUCGGUACACUCAGCACCCGCAUUACCAGCCAGCUCGAAUCGCUUCAAGGCCUCCAUCUUCGACUACAGGACAUCGGCAGGUACCUGCAAAAGGUGCUCGAUGGCGAACUUCCCGUGAACCAUGCCAUUCUCGGCAACCUCCAAGACGUCUUCAAUCUCCUCCCCAACCUCUCAACACCGAAGGCUUCAUCCAAGGACCUCCCUACACUCAACGGCAUGGUGAACGGUGCAGUUGGCAUAUCAGGUGGCAGCACAGAAAACUCGGAGCUCGCACGCGCCAUGAGUAUCAAGACCAACGACCAAUUGAUGUCUAUCUAUCUCUCCAGCUUAAUAAGAGCCAUCACCGCGUUCCACGACCUGAUUGAGAACAAGAUCCAAAACAAGCGGCAACAAGAGGACGCAGAUUCCAAGAAGGAGGAAGAUAAGAAGGAUGAAGAGAUUAAGAAAGAGGAGAAGCUGAUGGUCAACGGCACAUCAGAGAAGUCGGACAAGGAGGGCAAGGAAGAUGCCAAGAAAGAUGACAAAGGGAAGAAGAAGUGA